CACAACUCCUCUUAGUUUUUUGUGCCCUAGUAUUUUUACUAUUGAUCCCCCCCCCCCCUUCCCUUCGUGCGCUGCAGUUUUAUUUUUUCUUUUUUUUUAUUUGAAAAGAAAAAAAUUUAAAAAAAAAAAUAUUAUUACUCUGAUUGAACAUCCUUCUUUCUUCUUUUAUCUUUUAUCUCUAUCUAUUCACUCAAUAAUGGCUCACUCUGCUGUAUUCACUCGCCACGAAUCCCACACGUGGAAGCGAAUAACCCUAAAGAGAUCGCCUGUCUUGAUCACCCAUUCCGCUACCUCUACCUCUACCUCUACCUGCUCCCUCCCGUCAUCCCCAUUAAAGCCUCCGAUCAGUCAGGCGCCUCGGAUAGAAGCCGCUUCCCAAAGACCAUGCCUCCGAACACGUCUAUCAUCAUCUUCUUCUUCUUUAUCAUCUUUAUCUUCACUGAGAUCCAAAUCCGUCAGAUUCGAUCCAGAAUUGGAAAAAAUCUGUCUCUUCCAGAAAUCCCACGCACCAUCGACCCUCAAAGAGGACAAUGAAACCCUUUGUGCAAAGGCAAAGCAAGAGUCACUUGGAAUAGUCUACAUGCAUUGGCCCGCUCGUAGUACACAACACACCUCAAGGCCGAUCCGCGUCGAGAAGAAGCUAGACGUGACCACAACCGAGAUCGUCGGUCAGGUCCAGGUCCGCAACUUGGCCUACCACAAGACGGUCUGGGUUAGAUACACCUUUGACUGCUGGCAGACCGUGGAGAAUGUUGAGGCUGUCUACCGUGAGCCGGUCGGAGGCAAAGAUCCAAACAACAGCAAUUAUGACAUCUUUAUCUUCACCAUCCAACUCAACAGACUCUCGACCAAUCGUCCGGCGAAUAACAAUGUGCUGGCCACGCUGGAUUUUGCGGUUCAAUAUACGGUCGAUGGCAGAGAAGUCUGGGACAACAACGAGGGUAAGAACUACAGUGUCCAGUUAAUAAAGUCUGUCGACGACAGCGAAGACAAGACCAGAGACCGAUACAGAGACAGAGACUCUCUGGUUACGCCCGCUAAAUUGCCAGCAGCCAAUUCUAGGAGUCGAUCGAUGGUGCAGGUCACUAGAGAAGAUGAAGAAGAGGAGGAUAAUCUAUGGGGUCCUCGCUAUGACUUUGGCAAUUCGAUCACCCAGGCACGCAGAAACCCGCCUGUUGAGAUUCCAAAAGUACACUCGCCGAUGAUCAGAUCCAUUCCCACAGCCAAAACCACCGAGCCUUUCAAACAGCCCUACAGUCGUCCGGUCCCAAUCCCCCAAAGACAGCCCAGAGCAAGUAUCCUCUAUGCGUCAUCUCCUCCAAAUGCAGCAUUCUACCAUGGCUUUCCUAUUGUGUCCUUUAACCCGUCCUCACCCACCAGCUGUGUGGAUCUCAACUCCUCCUCGUACAUGGAUCUUGUGAACAAAUAUUGUUUCUAUGGCACAAGCCCAACUCGUUCGCCGAUGCCUAUCAACGGAUAAAUAAAUAUAUAUAUAUAUGUAUAUAUGUAUAUAUAUAUAUAUGUAUAUAUGUAUAUAUGUAUAUAUGUAUGUAUACGUAUAUACCUAUACCUAUAUAUAUAUAUAAUAGGUAUAUGUAUCUUAUCUUUGUGAUAUUUCCUUGCUUCUUUGUUGGCCCUUAUUUUCUCUCUCUAUAUAGCUUAUUGUUUCUUAUUUGGACUUAUUGCAUCGCUACUAUCUUACAGACAAAUGGCGCCUGAUAAAAAAAAAGUUUCUUCCUUAUUCUUCUUCUUCGUCUUCUUCUUCUUUGUAAAUAUACAUAUACAUAUUAUUAUUAUCUUUCUAAUAAAUAAAUAAAUAAAUCAAUAAAAAAAAACAACAACAACAACAAUAAUAAUAAUACUAAUAACAAUAGCAAAACAACACUGCAUAAUUCCUAUAGUAAAGCAUAGAAUAAAACCAAAACAAAGCAGGGGGGAGAACUUCUUGAAUAUUCAAAAGACUGGCAUCUCCUUUGUUUCAUACAACCCCACCAAAACUAAAGCUUACUCAUUGAUUGAU